AUGGCUUCGAAGAUUGCAUUCAUUUCUCGAAUUUCAUUGUUUAUUUUGGCUCUUGCUAUGCUGAUAUGCUCAGCUGGUCUAGUCGUAUGGGGAUCCUUCAUGGCUAAUCGACCAUACGAUCGACAGUUGAAAGAUGUGGUUUUCAACUAUAACUCAUCUGAGCCAUUGGCUAACGACAAGUAUAAUUUAAGAGCUUGGAUUUGGUCAGUAUAUUGGAGUAUAUACGGACUUUGUAUUGCUGGUGUAGUGAUUUCAAUAAUUGGCUUAAUUGGUGCAAUUAGCCGAAAGAAAACAGUAAUCGCUACUUUCCUCGUUCUCAUUGUUCCGUAUAUUUUGAUUCAAUUCGGUGGGAGUAUCACGAUUUGGACGAAACGAGGAACUCUUCGAAGACUUAUUUAUCGUUUUGCAAACGAUAUCUAUCUCACGAAUUCGUUAUUUGACAUUUCAAUUAUUCAGAAUACGUAUGAAUGUUGUGGAGUUCAAAAUGGUUCAUGGACAUGUCCAAAUACUCCUCCAUGUGAUACAUCUGUUUUCAACAGUGUUGAUAAUACUAUGAUGAUAGCCGGUCUUGUUAUGAUUCCUAUUCUUUUCUUCGAUCUUUGUAUCAUCACUCUCUCGGCUUUAAUUUUGAAAACAGAACCAAGAAUUCAGAAAGUUCGAAAAACAGAAGAAAAUCAAGAUGAUGCAUGGGUGUCUCAAUAA